UUUGCUACAAAAUGCUCUAACGGUUGCAAAUCAAAUAAUAACUAUCAUUGCUACACCGUAGCUUAUUCGCUGAAACUAUUUCUAAAAUAAACAUCUGUUAAGAUAUAUAAAUGUCAGACUAUGAACGUUAAGUUACAUCCGGUCAAAGACAUGGGGCGACUGACUACACUCGCAGUAUUUGCUUUAAUAGCGUCGACUGCGGCGGCGCCGGCGCCUCAGUUCCUGGAAUACUUCCUGCCGAACCCUUUCGUGCCGAGUCCCGAGCCAUGCUACGAGCCGUGUUACACGCCGUGUGAGCCGGAGCCAACGCCCUGCAUCGAGGCCAUUCCGCCCUGCCCCUGUCCAGAACCGAUCCCCGAGUGCAUCCCGCCGUGCCCUGAGCCUAUCAUACCACCUUGCCCCUUGCCGUGUCCCCCGCAACCCUGGGAUCGCUCCUCACCACCGAGUAAGUACAAACAAUACAUUGUAUUUCCAACUUUAACAAAAAUGUAAUCUUCAAUAUUUUCCAGCUCCUGGUGGCAAUGGGCCGAUCGGCGUGACCAUACCGAAAUCGAAUAUCGGCGAUAAGCUACGUGCGGCAGGCUUCCAGGCAGUUCCGGUACCGGGCGGUACAUUUUACAUCCAGCAUUUACCCCCUUCAACGAUCCAGCCGCCAUCGAUUAUAGUGCGACCGAACCCGCUUAGUCCAAUCACGCCGCCCUACAUCGUGGUGCAACCGCCGCAGCAGCCGCCGAUCGUGCCCCCACAAAUCGUCGUGAGACCGGAACCGCUACCACCGAUAACGCCGCCACCGAUCGUUGUGCACCCACCUCGACCGUGCCCCAUCCAGCCUGAGACAAUAGUAGUACGUCCCCCACGACCAGGGCCUAUCCAGCCCCCAGCGGUCACAGUGACACAGCCCCAGCCGUCUCCUAUCAAUCUGCCGCCUAUCAUAGUGCGUCAACCCACACAGCCGACAAUACAACUACCAACGAUUUCUAUCCCCACGUCAGCAAUUCUCAGCAGCCCUCCCUGCGCCCCCUGUGCCCCCGCGCCCUGCAUCCCGGAGCCCUGCCCUCCUUGUCCGGGACCCUGCCCAUACUGCAUCAGUGGUUAAUUUUCAUUAAUCGUUCUGUCUACAUAUUUACAUAAGUACAAACACAUGAAAUAGCAUAUAACAUACAGUUUAAGAAACUGUAUUUAUCUGCUUAUUAUGUAAAUAUGUACCAGCACGUUUCGUAGGAUCUCUUACACGACUUUCAGCAAGUUAAAGGAUUUGAUUGUUUUAAAUGGCCGCACGAUAUUUCGACUGUAUUUGAAUGUUUGCAAAC